ACUGUUCGCAAACAGGUGUGCUUUCUAGAGUCAGUAAUAGGUGAUGGGGAAGCACGUGGUAUCGCGUUGUGCACUAGCUAAUCUUUGUUUACAUCUAUCCCGCUUUCGUCGCAGGUCCAACCAGCAACACUCGCAACUUCCAACUUUCAGUGCUGGCGCAACGCCCUCAAACUGCAGGAAUGGCGCCUCGCAAUGCGAUCGCAAACAUCUCCUUCACUGUCGACUCGGCUUCAGAAGACGACAUGACACUCGACGAGCUCAACCCCAUGCCGACACCAGACUCCAACACAGAAAACAAAGCGCCGGCCCGCAAGGCGCGCGGCAAGGCGGCGCAACCAGCUAAAGCUGCCUCCGCGACCAAGGCGACUGCAAAGAGCAAGCCUCCAACGCGUGUAGCCGAGACUAAGAAGGAGACCGCUGCUGCGAAAAAGGCGCCUGCAAAGGCCGGUCGCAAAGCGCUAGCAGAGCGCAAUAAAGGCGGAGACGACGAUGCAGUGGAAGCGGAUGAGCUGGACGAGAACGAGACCACAGAAGUAGCAGAGCCUGCCAAGCCAGCUAAGAGAGGGCGACCAGCCAAGGCAAAGAAGAUACAGGAGGAGGAGCCCGCUGAGGAGGAGCCCGCGCCCGCACCCGCGAAACGAGGGCGCAAACCAGCGGCAAAGGAGCCGGUGGCGAAGAAGGAACCCAAGGCGAAAUCUACAGCAAAAGCGCGAUCAAGCAGGCGCGGCGAAGAGUCAGAGGCGGAGCAGGACACAUUGACAAUACCGGAGACACAGGCUGAGCCGGAUGCGGACUCAAUGGAUGUCGACGACUCGGUUGAGGUCGAAGAGAUACCUGAGAGCAUGCCACCGCCGCCGCGACCCUCGGCACGACCAUUAGCACGGCGCCCAGCAGCAGCAAGCAGGACACGACAACCGUCAGCCGCGGGGCGACGCGCAGGAAGCGCAUCAGACACAGAGCGCGACCCCGCCCUGCGACGGAAGGUCGGCGAUCUGACCAAGAAAUUGGAGGCUAUGACGGCGAAGUACGAGACAUUGCAAGACGUCGCAACAUCAGGGAAAGAGUCCAACUUCGAGCAGCUGCGGAGGCGGACAGAGCAGGUCUCAAAAGACCAAGACGCCGUCAUCAAAGCCCUCAAACAACAAGUUGCGGACCUCCAAACCCGCACUGCUGAAAUCACAUCUCUCAACAAGACCAUUGCAGCCCUCACAAAGACAAAUAGCUCCCUCGCCGCCGAGAACAAGAAACUCACCGACGGUUUGAACACGGCGCAGAAAGAAAACACUACACUCAACACCAAGCUCGCAGCAGCACGCUCGUCGACGCAGCCAGAUGCCAAGGUACCCGGCAGCGCAGUAAAAGCGCGGACAACGGGCGUGGUAUUGCCCGGCAGCGCCGAGGCUGCCAAAGACGCCAUGCUGCAGAAGCAGAAAGUCGAAAUGUACUGCGACCUCACCAAUCUAGUCAUUGUCGGCGUCAAGAAGAACGAAGACGACGAGGACGUGUACGAUUGCCUACAGACGGGACGUAACGGGACGUUGCACUUCCACCUCACCAUCUCCGAGGGCGGCGAGAGCUACGCCGAUACCGAGUUUGUGUACCAGCCGUUGCUGGACGAGCAGAGGGACAAGGAUCUGCUGGAUCUGCUGCCAGAUUACUUGACGGAGGAGAUUAGUUUCCCGAGGGCUCAUGCGGCAAAGUUCUUCUCCAAGGUCGUGGACUCGAUGAGCAAGAGGAUCGUUCUUGAGGAUGAGGAAUAGUAGUCAGCUUGUUUUGUGCUGGUGUGGUGCAGAGUUGAGCGGGCAUCUGAGAGCAAGGCGUUCUUGAGGUUGAACUUUGUAGAUGCUGUUUUGGGCAUGAUACCUGGUGCUUUUGCGUGGAUGUUGGCCUUAAACAACACACUUCUUUGCGCUUUCACGCGCCGCGUUGAGCUAGGCCUCGCAAGCCCUAGUUCAAGCCCUCAAC